AUGUAUCAGAAAGGAGGAAGGAUAAACGAUGAGGAUAAACGUAUGAUUGGAGAAUUACAAGGGCGAAUUUUGAAGCAUGCACCCCACGAAGCUUCGAUUGUCGAAGUGUUAUCAGUGGUAAUGAAAUCCUUGGUGCUCGCUCUGCUUGUCUGUGCCUUGGUCGGCACAGCGUUUUCGUGCGACAAAUUCCAGAAAUACAUGGAAAUGUUCUGCAAGUAUCCCGGCGAGGCCAACAUGUGUCUGACGAGCAACGAGUAUAUUCCUAGCUACAUCCUCCAGCCACUCCUACAAGCUACUGAAGAGGAAAAACAGCAGUACAUCACUUUCAUGAACAAGAUCCGAGACGGACAAAUUACUGUGCAGAACAAGGACGAUUUUCGUCAGCACAUGAACGAG